GUCGCAUUUUGUCCGGAAGGUGAUAAAACAAUACAUUUUCGGUUGUUCGUCACUCAUACGGUGAUAUUUGAAAGCGUUGCUUUACUCAGUAAAGUAACGCAUCAGUAAAGAAAAUGUGCCACCCCUACUCCUAAACGCUCCGAAAAUUUCUCGAGAUUUUUUCAGGAUAGGAACUACUUAGUAGUUGCCCAUACAACUAUCUUCGACACUUUCCAUUUUUCACCAUCAGUACAGGCCAAAAAAUGGCCUGUUAAUUGUGUAAAAAUCGAAUGAAAAUUGUCAUUUAACAGCCAUUAUAAUGACAAUUUUUUGACUUUGAAAUAUUCCUGUUCAGUAUGAAGAAUUCAAUGUACUUCAACGUUUUCUGAGGCUUCUUUGUGUUUCCGUACCGCAGUUUUCUAAGAGGAUUUCUGGAAAACUGAUGGUGAAAAAUGGAAAGUGUCGAAGGUAGUUGUAUGUCUAGAAAACCACUUUCCACACGUUUUUUCAAAAAAGCGUAAGCAAGACCUUUAGAUUAUUUUUGAUGCUCUACAUGACGGGCAAAGUGAAAUUUUCGCGGCAAGAUGUUCUGUGUAAAGUGGGCGGACCUGUGUGGAAGGAUCCUUCAGAAAACAACAUUAUAAGAAAUGUGAAAGCCUUUUAUAGCUCAGAAAAGAUCAUUAAUAUAAAGUUUUAUACGAAAUGAUUUACUUCUCUUCCUACCACAAAAACAGUGAACAAACAUUUUAUAGGAUUAGGAAAUAGUUCACAUCGUCCGUCAACAUGCCCUUUCCCACGUUAAACUAUUAAUGAACCGAUAUUUAUCCCUUUCCAGCCUGAUGUUGCCAUUUGGCAACACUUUUUGCUGUGUUUUCGAAACAGCCGGCUGCAAUGCAUAUGUUGAUAUUGCUAAUCGUGAGAUGAUCGAUAAGCAAUACUGUUUUCUUUCGGAUCUUUCAUAAUAUAUAGAGAGGGAGAGAUAGAGAGCGAGAUACUAUACGACUGGAUGCAACAAUACUCCUAAAUACAACUAGAAAUAAGUAAAGAGUUAAUAUACUCAAUUAACCGUUUCUUAUGAUAUUUUCCAAAUACAUUCAGUAUAAUUUCGGAGAAAGAAUCGAUAUUCCUACGAUACACUUUAUCAAAUUUGUCAUCUUCAUUUGAUGUUUUUCAGAUAAUCAUGCAUUUACGUCUGGUAUUAUUAGUGGCCUUUCCGGUUAGCUUUACGAUUGCAGAACGAGCUCGUAACGAUCGUCGUUCAGCAAUAAAUGAUGAUGAUGAUGAUAAUAUUAUUGAUGCAGAACAAGAAUUUUCAGAAUGUGAAGACAAUGAAGAUGUUGUAGCAGAUGAAGACGAACAAGAAGUUGUAGAGGCACUUAAACUUGCAGGAGUAAUGAGCGCUUUUUACAGUCCGAUGAUAUAUAGAUGGGGUACUACAACAGUCGAAGUCGAACAAGAAGUUGUAGAUGAACCCGAACCAACAGUUGUAGCUGUAACUAAACCCGCACUAGUAUUGGUGAGUUUAUUCACGUCGCCCAGCUCAACGAUCACGCCAACUACUACACGAAAACAAAGUUUAUUCCACUC